CGAUCAAGACCAGGAACGAUGCGGUCUCAGCUGGUGUUCUGUGUGGUCAUCGGACUAAUGCUAACAUUUAACAUCAAUUUUCACGAUGCCGUCAUUUUCAAGUUUAUGAACAUCGUCUGUGAGAGCUACAAUCAAUCGUGGGUCGUGUUCCGAUACUGUCGCCUGAAGGCUGUCGGUCGGGACAGGGUUAAUCUCAACAUAAAUGCGACGAUACUUCAUCCAGCUUAUAACAUAACAAAUCAUGGAAAGAUAUUAAAGAGAGCAAGUGGCUACAAGCCCUGGCUAUUGGACACCACUGUGGAUGCCUGUCGAUUUAUGCGCAAGAAUUACGAUCCAUUUGCACAAAUAGUCUUCAGCCUUUUUAAAGAAUUCUCAAACAUCAACCACACUUGUCCGUAUGUGGGACACCAAAUAUUAAAGGAUUUUUAUCUUAGGCCCGAGCUGUUGCUUCUGCCUUUUCCCACCGGCGAUUAUAUGCUGUCUAUGCGCUGGUACUUUGGCAAAAAGCUGCAAUUUGAUACUAAUGUGAGCUUCGUGUUCGUGGAGGAUCUCAUCAAGAGCUAAUAGCUGAAGGCACCUACGGCAGAUCCUUACAGA